UUUAUCUUUUAUAUUUAUAUUUACUUGAGUAAUAAUUAUAUACAAAUAUUCUUUGUACUAUAUAAGGUUUUCAUAUUUACAAUUACAUAUGUAUAAAUUAAUCGAUUGAACGAACAAGUUUAUUGUUACAUUCUAAUUAAUUAAUAUAAAUGUUUAUAAUUGUGAUGGAUUGUGCUAAAAAAGUGUGUCACAUACAGAUGAAAAAUAAAGAACAAUUUUCUCCUGUUAAUAAACUUUCACAUGCAAAAUCAACACAAGGAAGAAAUUUAACAGGUUCUGCUCGGCAUAUACGAGAUUUAAUUGCAGAUAUUCAUAAAAAUAUACAAAUAUGGAAUACACUUCAUUUAGAAGGAAUAAUAUUACUCAAGAAUAUAAUUCAAAUAAAACAGAAUGACUCUUAUUCUGAAAUUUUGCAAGAACAAUGUGAUAAAUUAGAAAAUAUUUGUGAUUCAUUGAAUACUAUUGUAGAAAAUCUUGCUCAAAUCACACAACAUAUAAAAAUAACGGCAUCUUUAGAAACUAAUAUGAACAAGUUAUUUAUAACAUGGCCUAAUUUAAAAUUUGGAGAAAUUGCACAAUCAAUAUAUGAUGCAUAUUCUCGUGAAUUAAAAGUAAAGCUUAAAGUUUUAGAAAAUAUAGCACAUUAUUAUACAGACUCAUGGAAAAUGUUGUUUCUUGCUAGUUGGGUACAUCAACCACUAUUACCACAUAAUUUAACAACAUUCUUGGAAUCAAUGUUAAUAGAGAGUGGACAUAGGUAAUAAAUUAUUAUUGAUAUAAAUUUUGGUAAGUGUUCUAUUUCAAAAACAAUUCAGUGUUUACAAUGAUUACUUUUUUGUAUUAUAUCAUAAGUUAUAACUAUGAAAUAAAACAAAGAUUAACAGAAUGAUCAUUUAUUUGUGGCUUUUCAAAUACCAUUUGUAUAAUUUCACAAAAUCAAAAUGAAAUUGAAAUAUAUUUGAAUUAUAAAAUUCUGUUUACAAUUGGUACCUGAGAUCACAAAGAAUUAAUAUGAAUAUAGACAAGUAUAAACAUAUUAUGUUUGUUUGAAAAUGCAGAUUCUAGAAAGUGUAUCUUAAAGAUACAAGGAACUAAACCUGCAAAAUUAAUGCAUUUUAUGAUUAGUUACAAUUAUUCUAAUAUUACUAGUGCCAUUAACAUUUAAUUAUAUCAAUAACUUCUUACAUAUGUAUAAUACAUAUUUACAGAUAAAUACAAAAUUAAUAAUUUCCACUGUACAUAA